UCAAACCUAUAAUUUCGUUGUUAUUUGUUUAUAAAGCCUCAGAGCGAGGCUUGUUCAUUACAGUUACAGAGUUUUCAGCAGUGCCACAUAGUUGUUUCACAAAAUGCUACGAAUAAGUUGGUUUGUGGGGUUGUUUUGUAGUGUCCUGUCUAUGGAACUGCCCUCUUAUAUUUCAUCAUGCUCAAGAAACGAUCCGAAUCUAAACGAAUGUGCAUUGAAGUCAGCCCGAGAGUCCCUUCAUCAAUUCUCCCUUGGCGAUCCUGAGAGGGGGCUCCAUUCUCUAGACCCGCUGCAUGUACCUGAAAUGGUAAUCUACAUCCCAAACAAACAAGGCAUUAAAGUCGUGUUUAAGGAUAAUUACUUCUCGGGACUUUCGAAGUUGCAUCUCGAAAGUUUGAGCUUCGACUUGGAAAAGAAGCAGAUACGUGCCGAUGCUCUGGUCAACUUAGACGUGAAGAACAAGUACGAUUUAAGUGGAAAACUGCUCAUGUUGCCCGUUCAAUCCAACGGGGACGCUGCUAUACAUUUAAAAAAUACUCUCCUACACAUUCGUUACUGGUACGAUCAUGUGGAAGGCGCUGAUGGUAAAAUUCAUUGGAAAAUAAACAAACAUGACAUCAAAUAUGAAGUAGAAAAGGCUAAUUUCAGAUUGGAGAACCUGUUCAAUGAUAAAAAUAUAGGUGACCAAAUAAACAAGCUUCUGAAUGAAAUGUGGCGUGAGAUUGUGAAUGAAGUUGGUCCGUCGAUCUGUCAUUCACUUAGCUCAGCCGUAGUGGAAAGUCUAGCAGUACUGCUCGAACAAGUAUCGUUUGAUGAACUCAUGCCAGAUAAAUGAGUCAAGAAUGAUGGUUGAUAAAAUGUUGAUGAGAGGUUUGAUGUGAAAUAAAUGUCUGUAAUGAG